AUGCUGCUGUCACGAACUGCCUAUCGCGCUGCCCUUCUUCACCUAACUGUCAAUCCACUUGUUGCCCGCGCGGCAAUCCCCAGCACCGGCGCUCUGAAGACCACGCACCUCUCAACCUCGAGCUCAAGACUAUACAACGUCCUCUUUCCCCAGUGCUCGCCUCUCGCCACCUUUGAACAAAGUCGCCAAGCACACACAAUGUCAUCAAACUCGGAAACCCCAAAGCAGGACUCUGUUCAGUCCCAGUCGGAAGAGAAUGUCUCCCCACCCUCGGAACAGCUCUACCUCCCCUCCAUCGAAUCCGGCGACCAACCACAACGUCUCGACCUUAGUGCCGAAGGCGGUUCCACAGUGAGCUUGGAUCACUUGGGACCGAUGGUCGUCAAUGUGGAUGGAACGCUCGCGCGCAUUGGAAACUGGGAGCAGAUGACGGAGAUCGAGCGCAAGAACACACUACGGAUUUUGGGCAAGCGGAAUAAGCAGCGUCUGGCUGCACUGAAGGCCGCGGAGGCUGAGAAAGAGCAGAAGUGA